AUGCAUUUUAGGCUUCUAACCCAAAGAGUGCCACGUUCAUUUGCGGUUCUAAUAAUUGGCCUUUUCUAAUUUUUUUUUCUUUCCCCCUUCAUUCCUCGCUUCCAAUUUGGUCUACUUGCUACAUCUGGUGAACGAUCUGCAGCAUCGUAUAUCAGAAAUGGAAUCCUCCAAAAAUCUCACUUCACUCCCUGAAGAGAGCCAAGAAGGCGAGAAUCAUGAACAAGGGGAAGGAAAAUCAACCCAAACGCCAUCAGUUUCUGCUUUUGCCUCUGUUCCUCGACGCCCUCCUACUACUGAGAGCACCUUACAGAAGUACUCUCCUUUAGACUGGAGAGAGUUCUUUGAUCGAGAGGAAGAUGUUUCAAUUCCAAAUUCAAAUGAUGUAUUUCAUGUGUAUAUGGCAGGAAAUGAAGGCCCUGUAGUUUUUUGUCUUCAUGGGGGUGGCUAUUCUGGGCUUUCAUUUGCACUGUCAGCAAGUAAAAUUAAGGAGAAAGUCCGGGUAGUUGCCAUGGACUUGAGAGGACAUGGGAAGACAUCUACUGAAAAUGAUCUUGACCUAUCCAUUGAGACCAUGUGCAAUGAUGUUUUGGCUGUACUGAAGGAAAUGUAUGGAGAUUCUCCUCCUGCAAUUGUGCUUGUUGGUCACAGCAUGGGGGGCUCAGUAGCGGUGCAUGUUGCUGCUAAGAAAGCAUUGCCUAGCUUGGCUGGGCUGGUUGUUGUGGAUGUUGUAGAGGGAACAGCUAUGGCUUCUUUGGUUCACAUGCAGAAAAUCUUGUCAAACAGGAUGAAGCAUUUCUCAAGCAUUGAAAAAGCGGUAGAAUGGAGUGUAAAAGGAGGUUCUUUAAGAAACAUUGAUUCUGCCUGCAUAUCUGUGCCUACCACUUUAAAAUAUGAUGAGUCGAAGAAAUGUUAUGUUUAUAGAGCACGUCUGGAGGAAACAGAACAAUACUGGAGAGGAUGGUAUGAAGGCCUUUCGGAAAAAUUUCUGUCGAGUCCUGUUCCGAAACUCCUACUUUUAGCAGGAACAGAUAGGCUGGACAGAGCUCUUACAAUUGGCCAAAUGCAAGGGAAGUUCCAAAUGGUGGUCGUCAGACAUACUGGACACGCUAUACAGGAAGAUGUACCUGAUGAAUUUGCAGCACUGGUUGUCAAUUUUAUAUCUCGCAACCGUAUAGGCCCUCAUGGAGUUGAGAUACCUGGCCUCCGUCGACCAUCACAGCCACAGCGUUGAAUGAUAGUCGGAAAUAUUAGCAGACAGUUUCAUCCAUCUUAGAGGACCUUUAGUCAAUAUGUUUAGAGAUUUUCUUUCUUUCUCGUUGAAAGUGAUGUGAGAAGCAGUGAUACAAUUAAACUGAUGUAUUUUGCUAAAUCUGUGGUAAUCAAGUUUCAUAUUUGUAA